GAUGGCUGUAAAGUUUCUGAGCUCCAGAGUAUCAGUUUUAACUUAAAUUUGGCUACUUUUCAGUAUUUGUGUAACUCUUGUGCAAACUAUUAGCGUCAGAGAGAAUAUAGAAGACAUUUGAAAGUUAAAGAACGAACUUUUUGUUUUAGACUAUUUGUGGACCCUUAUCCAUCACACAUAUGUACGCCGCUGCUUUCUGCAAAUCCUGCGCUGGUACUGGGGAAGGAUUGACUGAUUGACAACACUGUUGAAUUCAUGAAAUUGUAAAUAAAGAAGCCAGAGAAAACUAUGAGUAAUUGCAAAUAUUAUUCUACAUUGUCAUAACCUGCACUUGCCAAACCAGUAUGAUCUAAAAAACAAUUGAAAUGGCAGAAAAUUACUCCAUUAAACCUUCAAAUGAGGACUCUUUAUUGAAGCAUAUAGAUAUAUCGGUGUUGGAAUCGGAAAAACGUACCAAUGGUGCUCUUAACUUACGGGAUUACUAUAUGGUUUACUUACUCGAAGUGAGAACAACUAAGGCAAAGGUGACGGAUCCCAAGUUUUGCAAUGAAUUCACCAAUCUCUCCAUGGUAUGGCGUCGCUAUACAGAGUUUGAACAACUGUACAACUACUUAAAAGUCACCUAUCCUUACAUUGUAACACCACCUUUACCUGAAAAACGUGUGCUAUAUGGUUGGCAAAAGGUCUCUAAUGACGCCUUUGAUCCAGAUUUCAUCGAUCGCAGACGGGCCGGUUUGGAAACGUUCCUUUUACGCAUUUCUGCCCAUAACAUCUUAAGUUGGGAUAAGCAGUUUUUGCAAUUUCUUCAAGAUGAUUUGUGGAGAGAAGCAUAUAAGUCUAAUGGGUACCUUCAGUUGGUAGAAAACAAGUUGAAGGGAAUCACAGUUUCCGUCCGACUUAAGACUCCCGAUCCACGUUUCUUAGCAAUAAAAAAUUAUAGUAAUACUUUACAUUUAAAUUUAAAUAAUGUUCUCAGAGUUAGAUCGAGAGUAGCUGAAAAACAAUAUAACAUUCACAAGCUACAUGCAAAUUAUGGUCGUGUUUUUAGCGAAUGGAGUGCAAUUGAAAAGGACAUGGGCGACGGAUUGCAGAGAAUGGGGCAUUACUUGGAUUCGUUAGCUUCAAGUAUCGAUUCUGUAUUAGAAGAUGAAGAGUUGUUGGCGGAUCAAUUGAAGGAAUAUUUAUUUUUUGCCGAGUCCGUGCAAAAUCUUUGCAAACAUCAGGAAAUGUUGCAAGUUCAGCUGGAGGACGCCGAAAGUUCUGUUGCAAGUAAAAGUAAUGAAAAGUCGAAAGCUCAACAGGGAAAGCUAGGAGUCAUGUCUAAACUGUUUGGUGCUGUAGACACAGAAGAAGUGAGAGAACUGAAAAUUAACUUAUUGAAUCAGCAGAUUCACGAUGGAUCCGAAGUUGUAGGCUCAUCUAAGAGUGAAUUGAGUAAUUUUUGUUCCAAUGCUUUAAAGGACGUGGAGAGGUUCCAAAGCCAAAAAGUAAUAGAUUUAACUGACACAUUAGCAGCAUACGCGGUGUUGCAGUUAAAAACAACAAAGAAGAGCCUUCAGACAUGGUUUCAAAUUCGAGACUGUCUCCAACAUAUUCCGUAAUCACUUCAUAACAUUCUCAACGCUUUUUAAAAGAUGUUUACUUAAUGUAGAUUUAUUUUUGUUGAUCUUUAAAGUAUAUAUAAUAUUAAGUUUACCUUUUUUGUUACUCACGACUGAUACCAUUGCCGUAAAUAAACAUUAGAGCAAGGGCCCUCAGUUUGUUAACGUGGCUUUGCUCAUCGAUGUUACCUUCUUAACGUACCACAGUUCCUUUUGUGGUAAAUUAAAUUGAUUAAUUGCACAUACAAAUCAUUGGUGCUAUUUUUCUAAUAAUUUGAUUGUUAUGCUUUAUGGAUUUCCAGGGAAAUUUUAGGGAAGACAGGAAUCUAGGUCACUGAAAUCUCCUCAUGAGCAUAUAUGUGUUUUGUGAUAUUAUAGGCGAAAAUUUAUUGCAUAUGUACCCAAUUUGGUGUUCUUAUUAAGUCGUUUGUUCAUAAAUAGUACAACGAAUUUAAAUUAUUUCUGUAUGUAAGCACAUUUUUGUGAUAUAUUUGAUGUACCUUUAGCUUUAUUCUACUUCUUAAUUAAUACAUAUCCUACAACUAUCUUAAUAAAUGGUGAUGAAUAAGGCA